AGAAGUGUUCGCUGACCUCACGAAGUAAAUAAAAAGGCUGGACAGCAACAAAAACAAAUAUCAAAUGCUGUUAUUUUCGAGGUCAAUAUUUACUUAGGAAUCUUUAAUAUUAAAAGUUAAUUUUCAUGACAUUGUGUAGUAAUCGUCACCGUUAUGAGUCCAAGGCGAAAAACUCCGAGAAGGUUAAGAAUUUCGAGUAUUCAAAAAACCUACAACAAUCGACGUACUUCACUGAAUGUGAACUUAAGCUACGUUUCAGACCCAAGUUUAUCGCCUCACGAAAAUAGCGUGAAUUCAGACAAUGUGAAUAAUACUAUCGUUGUGAAAAGCCCAUCGAGGUUCCAAGCUACCUCAAGAAGAUCGCUAGCCCAAAACCACACGUUUAAGAGAUCCAGCUCCAAGCUACGGUGUAUAAAUGAAAGUGGUGAUAAUAAUAAUGACUCUACGGAAGGAGUUACUGGUGAAAAUGUUGAAAAUAAAAUUACCAACGAAAGUAGCAGAUUGUCAAAUAAAGCAAAGAUGUAUGGAAUCAGACCUUCCUUCGUUAGGCUAACUAGCACACCUGUAACAGGUAGACAUGGAAUGGGGCUUGGUCCUAAUAAUUUGCAAGAAAUGUUUUCGCCGUCAGUAAAUACCAGGCACUCCAAUGCUCUUAAGCCAGUUUGUUUUCCCCUUCAAGGUGAAAUCUUUGCCUCUUCUGGGACCACAGUUAUGGAGACUCCAAUGGACAUCACGUCUGUCCAAGGACAAUCAAUUUUGAAUUCCAACCAACAGAGAUCUGAUAUCACGCCAAACUCACAUCGUGAUACAAACAAAAGUGACAAUGCCUCAUUUUUUAUUCCAGAUACAGAUCCAUUAAUAUAUGUAGAAAAGAGAGUAGAUACCAGAGUUAUUUUAGACUCUGAAGAACAAGAUGUCAGUAUUCAUACAGUACGCACCUCACUGAAUGUAAAUACGUCGUUAGACUCUAGGUUCAGCUCAGUGCCAAAUGCAAGUCUUUGUGACCCCAUAAACAUUAGCAAAAAUCAAUCCGUUAUUCAUGAUCAAGUAAAUGGCACUGAUGAUAACUCACAAUCUUCAGAGGACAGUGAUCCUACAAAUUCUUUAAUAAUUACUACCGCUUUAAUUGAACAUGACAAUUUGUCAAAUGACUAUAAUGAACAAAUAGCUAACGAAGAGACUGUUAACAAUUUGGAAUCUUCAAGAGAAUUUGAUUUUCCACACAACGCGUCUUUUCUUGAUAGUAUACCACAAAAUAAUAAAUCUUGCAACGAGCAAAACCAUGCUACUAUUUCAGUAAAACUAAAUGAAAUAAACAGAGCGACAAAUACUCCUCAGACAAACGAUAAGGAAAAUACAACUUGGAGCAGAAAACCUAUUCGUAAUAUGCGAACAGACUUGUUGAAUUCAGAUGCUAGGAAUGACAGCAGGUCAUCGGAUACUUUAUCAUUAGAGAGUCUACAUCAUAGCAGCCUUCACCCAAGAGUUGAUCAACCCAAUGUAAUUCGUGGUUUGUCUAAAAAACCAGUUGGGAAAGGGAAGAAAAAAUUAUUGAGAUUGAAUAUAUCUGAAAUGGUAGACUUGUCGCCAGUGUCAACUCAAAUAGUGCCGGAAAUUCCGUUGGUUUCUAAAAGACGGGUCAAAACACGUAAUAAAACGGCUAAAAAAAUUCCCAAAACUAAGGGUCCUAAUAAGAAGCUGAUAGCUUUGGCUGACGACAAUACCGAAGAAAUUGAACCAAUACCAGAGAAAGUAAAAAGGAUCAGAAAACUAAAGGCAAAAAAAAUCGUGAUUAAUAAGAUGGCAGAUAUUGAUCUAUGGAAACAAAUGAAUGAAAAUGCUCAUACUCUCAAUGAAAGCUGCGACAGUAUCAGCUCAGCCAUGGGAAGAACGUCUCUAGCCGAUUUUCAACCAAAAAACCAGCUUACUCAAAACACAAACAAAAAGCAAAGACCAAAAAUAAUAAUAGUAGCGACUGGAUUAUCGAUAGAGCAAAAAUUAUUGGUACAAAAUACCAUUACAAUGCUGAGAUCAGCCAGACUACAAAAAAUUGUGACUCGCCAUACCACACAUGUUAUUAGCAAUGGCACACGUACUGUAAAUUUGCUUCGUGGACUACUCAGGGGUUGUUGGCUAGUGAGUUAUGAUUGGAUUACAAAGGCACGCGAGGCUAAGGAAUGGGUGGAUGCAGAAAAAUACGAGAUGGUCAAUUUUUCUGAAGCCGUACAAGAAAACCGCAAGGAAAAGCAACUACUUCGUACAGCAUAUGUGUCGGAAAUAUUUCUUACAUGCGGGCUGAUACAUAUUAAAGAUAAGACGUCUACUCCAGCUUCAAUUUUAGAAGAACUGGUUUGCAUGGCAAGUGGUCGAAUUACCAGGAAACCAGAAGAAUCUAAGAUAAUUGUUGGCCGUGGAGGACUAAAAGAAGCUUGGAUUUUAGACUCAAUAACACGUGGAGAAAUUCAACCUUUAGAACUUUAUUCGAAGAAAAGGCCACCUCGAUAAUUUAGUUCUGAAGUAUAUAGGAUAACUCAGGAUUAUCGCCCCAUAGACUACCAAUAUGUUCCUCGUGAAAAUUUGCGAAUGACACGUUUU